AUGAGUGUAUUAUUCACGGCAGCAGAUAUUUUGAAAAAGUGCAAUAAAGAAGUUUCAACAAAAGAAGUUGAAGCGCUCGUCGAAAAGAACAACUCAAAAAGUGUGAACAAAAAAUGCAAGGAGAAUAUUGAGGUGAACAGUGAUUUGAAGAAAAUGAUAAACACAGUCGGUGAGUUUUAUAAAGUCGAACAUUUGGAUUGGCUGAAAAUUUGAGCUCAGGGAGAAGAACUUGAGUAAAUCCACCUCAGAAAGCCUGAAAGGCGGACAAGAUUUGAACAAAACCGAUGAAUUUUUCAGCCACAAUCAAGCAGACAGAAGAUGCAACUAAUAGAAUUGAUAAACUCGACGCCGCCAUCGACACUUUGAACAACAAAACAAAACAUCUUCGUAAAUCCAUGAAUUCGGCAUUGUUUUCAACAGAAGUGGAUCUUAUGAAUGUUUGCGGAGCUGCCACAAAAGACGCGAUUUAUAUGUUGAAUGGAACUAGUUCAGUUGACCCAGUCGCAUCGGCAAAAGCCUUCAGAAAUGCUUUGAAAAUCAUGUUCAAUAGUUAUCAGAAGAAAAAAGAUGUUAUCGAUAACGCAGAUGUCAAUGAAUUAUUGUUUGACGAAGAAGAUGAAGAUGAUCCGGAUGAUGGUUGUGAUCUUGUAGAUGAAUAUUUCGAGUUUUUUGAGGACGAAGAUAUUCGUAAGAUUUAUCUAGAAAAACUUCAAGAUAACUGCUCAAAAUUAUGAGCUCGCAGGAUUUCCUAAGAAGAUUUCAAAUUCUUUGAACCGAAACUCUAAAUUUUUCUCUAGCCCUAACAAAUGAUAUAAUCUCCGUAGCAUAGCAAUUAAUUGUUCCAGAAGAAUCCAAGCGUUUCGCUGCGAAUCUCGGUUUCAUGGACCAACAAUCUGGAACUGUUUCAAAAUGGAGUGCUGGAAAACGCACAGAAUUAUUCGGAGAUCGAGCAAAAGAAUUGACCGAUGUUAUUUUGCCGGCUGUUUGGGAAAGCACAAAUUGUAUCGAGUUCAUGUAAGUCUAGAGAAUAAUUUUGGGAAAAAUUCUCGUGGCAAAGUUGUAAAAAGCUUUACGGAAAUUAUUUUAGAAUAUUAUAAAUUUUUUUGAAAAUGUAGAAAAAAUUCGAAUUUUCUUUUUGAUGCAGGAUCUCACUUGUAAAUGUGGCCAAACUUGAAAAAGAGAAGAAACCUCGAACCCGACAACAAAAAGAGGAAAAACCUGAAAAGGUGAAAUUGGUAAAGCUAACUGAUCGAAAAGAAACAAUUCAAUCACAAUCCGAAGAAGUUUCAAUUAUGAGAGAGUUAGAUCAUGUUCACAAAUCCCUCAGAAAUGCUCUUCGAAAACGCAAAGCCGACUCGAUUCCGUAUUAUGAAUUUAUUAUGAAUCCAACGGAUUUUGCGAGAACUGUAGGUUCAUUUUUCUGGAAUUGGAAGAAAUGGAAUUAAAAAAUUAAUAAUUGGAUUUUCUUUUGCAGGUCGAAAACAUGUUUUAUGUUUCAUAUUUGAUUCGAGAUAAUAAGGCUUUUUUGGAAGAUGAUAAUGGUGUUCCGUAUUUGAGUGAGUUAGCUUAACUUUUUUGGCUCUAUACACAAUAUUGUGAAUUUCAUCCAGAAUGCGCCAAACUAAUGCAACCUGAAGCCGUCAAUCAAGCAAAAAACGUUGGACAAUAUCAAGGAAUCGCUCAAUUGAGUUUCAAACAUUGGCUCGAUCUUUGCAACGUUUUCAAAACUCCUUGCAUUGAGCACAAAGACAUUUGA